GGAACCUGAGAUCUAGAGUAUUGAAAACCCAAGUCGCAGAAGAGCUUAGACUGGCACCAAGUAACAGAAGAGCUUAGACUGGCACCCAACACUCCUGACACCUAAUUCAGGUGUACUUUUCUGAAGUAAGAUGAUUUGUCAAAAAUUCUGUGUGGUUUUGUUACAUUGGGAAUUUAUUUAUGUGAUAACUGCAUUUAACUUGUCAUAUCCAAUUACUCCUUGGAGAUUUAAGUUGUCUUGCAUGCCACCAAAUUCAACCUAUGACUACUUCCUUUUGCCUGCUGGACUCUCAAAGAAUACUUCAAAUUUGAAUGGACAUUAUGAGACAGCUGUUGAGUUUAAUUCAAGUGAUACUCACUUUUCUAACUUAUCCAAAACAACUUUCCACUGUUGCUUUCGGAGUGAGCAAGAUAGAAACUGCUCCUUAUGUGCAGACAACAUUGAAGGAAAGACAUUUGUUUCAACAGUAAAUUCUUUAGUUUUUCAACAAAUAGGUGCAAACUGGAACAUACAGUGCUGGCUAAAAGGAGACUUGAAAUUAUUCAUCUGUUAUGUGGAGUCAUUAUUUAAGAAUCCAUUCAAGAAUUACAACCAUAAGGUCCAUCUUUUAUAUGCUCUGAUACCCAUGCCAGUAUUACACUGUCCAAAUUCAUGGAAAUACUGUCUGUUCCUGGCAGACAAUCCUCCAGUCAUUAUCAGUGACUUUGUUGGUGCUGUGGCUUUUUCUGCUCAUCCUAGCUCAGAAAGGGGAACAAGCUCCUAUUUGAAGUGCAGCCCUCAGUUGAAUCCUCCACGAACAGAGGAUGAGCUGUCACCUGAUGCCACGACUCUGAUGAACCUACAAGCCCCUGCGUCUUUGUGCAAUCAUCAUGAGGGCCAGUGUUUCAGAUGUGGGUAUCUAGUUGGUGAGAAGCCAGAAACGUUUGAGCAUCUUUUUAUCAAGCAUACAGCAUCAGUGACAUGUGGUCCUCUUCUUUUGGAGCCUGAAACAAUUUCAGAAGAUAUCAGUGUUGAUACAUCAUGGAAAAAUAAAGAUGAGAUGGUGCCAACAACUGUGGUCUCUCUACUUUCAACAACAGAUCUUGAAAAGGGUUCUGUUUGUAUUAGUGACCAGUUCAACAGUGUUAACUUCUCUGAGGCUGAGGGUGCCGAGGUAACCUGUGAGGACGAAAGCCAGAGACAACCCUUUGUUAAAUAUGCCACGCUGAUCAGCAACUCUAAACCAAGUGAAACUGAUGAAGAACAAGGGCUUAUAAAUAGUUCAGUCACCAAGUGCUUCUCUAGCAAAAAUUCUCCAUUGAAGGAUUCUUUCUCUAAUAGCUCAUGGGAGAUAGAGGCCCAGGCAUUUUUUAUAUUAUCAGAUCAGCGUCCCAACAUAAUUUUACCACACCUCACAUUCUCAGAAGGAUUGGAUGAACUUUUGAAACUGGAGGGAAAUUUCCCUGAAGAAAAUAAUGAUGAAAAGUCUAUCUAUUAUUUAGGGGUCACCUCAAUCAAAAAGAGAGAGAGUGGUGUGCUUUUGACUGACAAGUCAAGGGUAUUGUGCCCAUUCCCAGCCCCCUGUUUAUUCACGGACAUCAGAGCUCUCCAGGACAGUUGCUCACACUUUGUAGAAAAUAAUUUCAACUUAGGAACUUCUAGUAAGAAGACUUUUGCAUCUUACAUGCCUCAAUUCCAAACUUGUUCUACUCAGACUCAUAAGAUCAUGGAAAACAAGAUGUGUGACCUAACUGUGUAA